CGACACCCCCGAGGAGAGCAGGCGAUCGGCAGCGGCUCCCGGCUCCUUCCAGGCGAACUUGGGCAAAGCAGCCACCCUUGCAGCCAUGCUGACCAGCCGCCUCCAGUGCGCUCUCGCUCUGCUCGUCUCGGUCGCCCUGGCGCUGAGCACCGUGGCCGCAGCCCCCUCCGACCCGAGGCUCCGGCAGUUCCUGCAGAAGUCACUGGCCGCAGCGGCGGGGAAACAGGAACUAGCCAAGUAUUUCCUGGCAGAACUCCUCUCAGAACCCAGCCAGGCAGAAAACGAGGCCCUGGAGUCGGACGACAUGUCUCGUGGCGCUGAGCAAGACGAAGUCAGGCUGGAGCUGGAAAGAUCGGCCAACUUGAACCCAGCCCUGGCACCCAGAGAACGCAAGGCCGGAUGCAAGAAUUUCUUCUGGAAAACAUUCACAUCUUGUUAGCUUUGGAAGUUUCUUCCUUUCCCCCCACCCCCGCCUCAAGCCUCUCUCUUCUUCCCCCAGCCCCUUUCAUGUCAGGGGCUGAAGACUGUAAAAUAUAAUACACUGUUAAGGUAAAAUGAAAAAAAAAUACACAAAAAGUUUGGGUUUGAUUUGAAGUUGUUUUAAUAAAACAUUCUGUUUCAAUUGUA